CCUCUUGUAGUAAGGCUUAAGACUGUUUUGAUCUCUCUGUUGAGUAACUAACUGCUCUGUCUUCAGGUCCACUCGAACACUGUUGUAGUCAGCUGUAGGAUUAGUCAGUCCGCUCGCUGCCCUCCCUGCUGACUGCAUAGCGACUGGAGCAGACCUCUGAGGCACCGAACAGAAGGAACAUGAACAAUAACACCCAGGACAAAGAGGUGCUGGAGCAGAUUGAGAGGGAGGUGCGAAUGCGGGAGGGGGCCAGUAAGCUACUGGCAGCCUGUUCCCAGAGAGAGCAGGCCCUGGAGGCCGCAAAGAGCCUGCUAACCUGCAAUGCCCGCAUUCUGGCUCUGCUCAGCCAACUCCAGGAGAUGAGGAAAGCCCAGAUCCUGCAGAGAGUGGGAUGCAGGACACCUGAAGAUGUAGUGCCAUGCACGGGAAAAGUAGCCCUUUCAGACCUGCGAAUCCCACUCAUGUGGAAAGACUCAGAGUACUUCAAAAACAAAGGAGAGCUUCAUCGCUGUGCCGUGUUCUGCCUGCUUCAGUGUGGCACAGAGAUCUAUGACACUGAUCUGGUGAUGGUAGACAGGACUUUAACUGACAUCUGUUUUGAAGACACUAUCAUAUUCAAUGAGGUAGGUCCUGGCUUUCAGCUUCGUGUUGAGCUGUACAGCAGUUGUGUGGUUGAGGAUUUCUUCCCAGGGGCUCUAGGACCCAGGAGAAUGAGCCGCCUCGGGGGCUCUCUGGGAUGCUCCUCUGGGAAAAAGAUCCGUGCUGCCUUUGAGUCUGCAACUGGUUGUGGAUCCAGUGGAGGAGAUGGAGGACCUGGAAAUGUGUCCCUGUCUGAUCUGUCUGCACUGGGACCAAAGUACAACCUGCUGGCUCACACAACACUGAGGAUCGAACAUGUGCAGGAAGGUUUCAAGACGCAUGAUUUAUCUCUAGCAGCAGCAGAGGAUAGUGUGUUCUGGUUGCCUCUGUAUGGAAAUAUGUGCUGUCGCUUAGCUGCUCAACCUCUGUGCAUGAUGCAGCCAGUCAUAAGUGGUCAACUCAAGGUUAAGCUUGGAGAGGAUCUUAAUUGCUGGGAAAAUGUCUAUGGCGUCCUCAGGGGGCAAAGUCUUCUCUGCUUUCAGAGUCAAGAAGACCUGGAGUCUGAGGACAACCCAUUACUUGUAAUCCCUAUUAAAAAGGAUACUAGUGUCGGAACAUUCGAGGGACAUGCUGUCCAUUCCCCCAGUAUCUACAUCAGUACGCAGUGUCAAGGAGAAGAUGUAGCCUGCACGCUGAUCACGCCCAUGCCUGGAGACACACAGCGCUGGACCGAGGCCCUCUGGCAGCACAUCUAUAACAUGAGACAGUGGAAGCAGUGUUGCAGUCACCUCCUGAAGAUUGAAAGGCCAAACCCCAGGAAAUCCAUCACAGUGAAGCAGGGAUCACUAUACCAUGAAAUAGUCACACCCUCGCCUCCCAGAGAGGGUCCUGUGGAUCCAGAUUUAUCUGUAGAGAUCCGCACUCUGCUUUCUUCCUACUACAAAGAAAGGAUGAUUCAUUUGUUUAUCAGACGUGGUGUGAAUGGAGAAAACUCAUGCGUCAUGGAACUCCCGCUGUCCGCUGAAGUAUUCUGACUGCAAUGGAGAGCGGAGGCAGCUAAAACUGUUGCAGCGUUGACCAGCAGCCACCUUGUCCAGCAGGGGGAGCACAUCUACGUGACGUAGCCGAGCUGCAAAGAGCUGUUUAGUCAGUGAGUGAACAGUAUAUUGAGCCAGAAAUGUAAUAUAACAUCAUUGUUAUGGUAUAUUACAUUGUGAUCAUGAUCAGUCCCUUGGUGACUGUAUUUGAACUUUUUUGGACAGUCUUGGACUUUUGUUGAACUCCUUAUGGACCAUUUUGGACUGUAUUUUGUAGCUGUGGUCCUGCUUCAGUGUGGCUCCUAUGUUUACUGCUUGUGUUUUCCUGUUGACGCACCUCUGUUGCCUUUUUUGGCCCAAGUAAAAAUCCCUGACUUUGGUCUAGUGCUGGUAACAAACACAUGCAAAUUACACAGGCAAAAGAGCCCUACAGUAUGUGUUGACAGUAUGUUAUGUUGACUUGGUGACUUGCAUUUCUGUCUGCUCAGACCACCUAACAAACAAUUUUCUGCCUUGUGGGCUGCGGUACCUGCUCAGAUCUCUACAAAAUGAAAACGUCACUCACACCUGUCGUAGGAAAACUAAGUGCUUUUUGAGAUAAACACGUGUGUUCAACAGUGGCGGGAUCAUGUGUCAUGUUUCAGACACACCAAACUUCCUUUUGUUCACACUUCAUCAUUGGCAGUGGCACUGACCAGCUCAUUACACUGUCUGCUGCUUUUAACAGGUUAAAGGGGACGAGAGGAGCUGAAGUGAUGUGAUUGCCAAUUAGGCCAUUACUAGAUUGUCAGAUUUCCAUAUAGUACUGCUAUAAUAGUAAUUGCCAUGUCUACAGAACGCUUUGUUUUCAGAGGAUGUGACUCAGUCAAGUUUUCUGUUCAUCAGUCUCUCAGAGGAUGAACUUUGAGUCAGUGCUUCAGUCAAUUCAGCUCAACUCGACAUGCGUCAUUGUGACUUCAAGUCUCUAUUCAAGUCUAUGACUCUUCUUUUUUUUUUUACUUAAACUGAGAUGAAACUGAGGAUUAUUGUGGACACAGAUGGAAAAUGACUGUAAUACAUGUGCUAUCUGUGCAGCUUGACCUGCUUUAGAUGUGCAAACCAUUUCUGCUGAACAGAGGUGAAAUCAAGUCAUUGUUACCUGAUCAAAGAAUCCAUUAACCAGGGUGAGAUGUUUGGAUGGAUAUGUGGCAAAAAUUCCAGCUGUGGCAUUCUUCCCCACCACAAUCAGCUCCCCAUGGCCAAAGUCCCAUAAUGCAUCUGGUGAAACAUUGGGCAAAUCACUCCAAAAAUAUUUUUUCCUUUAAUAAAAUUGAACUUUUU